GUCUGGGACGUCACAACAAUAACACAGCUAGCCGCAGCUGGGAGGAAACCUGCGAGCAAGGUCUUAAAACAGCAGCAGCGGUAGGUUUUAGGUGACGCGCUGCCAUAAGAGUGUAAGUAAAGGUGACGUCGUGGAUCGGUGGAGUUCAUUGUCGCAUUUUUAAGUUGUGGUGGUUGCGACGCACGUAUAGUUGCAGGUUAGCUUGUUGGGUUCUGCCUCCGUUUGAUGUCAGCGGGCUGUGCUACCGUCUGCAGACAUGGAGAGUUUGUACAAACGGAAAAUGUUCGCGUCUAUGCGAAAAACGAAAGUCGAUGCGUCCAAGAAGCGUCAAAUCGGCCUGCCUGCGUCCAUCCUCGACGACAGUGACGAAGGUUCCUUCUCGUCCUCCUCCACCUCUGGAUCCCAGUCCGACUUCCAGAGCUCUCCAGAGGAAGACAGCGACCAGGAGGACCGGGAAGGGAGCGAAUCGGGUGCGACAUCCAGUGACGACAGUCGCUCCGUGACUCGCAGAAAGCGCUCGUUCCUGGGCGGCGAUGACAGCUCCUCGUCCUCCACAGAGGAGGAUGACGACGACGAUGAGGAGGAAGAAGACGGGGCGCAUAAGAAGGGGGUGAGUCAACCAAAGAGGAGCGUCGCCCCGAAGAAGCGCAGUAGGGUUCAGCGACAGGAAGACUCAGAUUCUGAACAUGCUGAUGAGAAGCGGAGAGACGAGGAGGAGAAGGCCAAAAGGCGACAGAGACACAACAAACUGCUGGCGCUGUCACGGAGGAUGAAGGCCCGGGUCCCGAACCGGCGGAGGAGCCGCCCCAAGCAGGAAACGGGUGAUGAUGAAGAGUCCAAAGACGCUGAGGAGGAAGCCAGAGAAGAUGUUGGAAAGAAUGGCAGCAAGAAAGUGGCAGACCAAGACGGUGGGGAAGAUGAGGAGGGAAGUGAGGACGAGAAGGGGAAGGAAUAGACUUAUUCGGACAACUUUGUCGAGUCUAAAAACAAAAAGAACUUUCAUUGGUUGUACAUUCUGUACAGGUUUUUUUUUUCUUCAGCACCACUUAGUGGAUGCAGCGUCUCGUCAUCUAGUCACAGAUAGAAACUGUACUUGUUGACAAAAUGAGGGUGAAAAAAUGCCUCUUUAUGUAUUUCAAGACAUUGGAAAACUCCAGAAAUGAUGUCUCAAUGACUAUAUAAGUUUACUGGGAGUUCAUAGUGCUCCAGACAAAAAAAAAUAUACGCUCCAGUUUAUGUUUUUAUUCUUUGGUUUGAUGAAAUUCCAGAAUCCUUGCCCAAAUCCAGACCAUAACAUUGUACUAAGUAUAUUUUAUGGUGUACUUAUACCUGUAACUCUGCUGCAGCAUAAAACUUUCCUUUUCCUGGUUAUUUUACCAAGAAAACUGUCCAAUGGUACUUUGUUUUUCUUGAAGAAACUCUUUGCACAAGUUUCUUCUACAUCUUGGACUGUUUUGCAUUGCUCUCUUCUGAAUAUAGUUCCUUGACAUUUGAAUGAUGGUCAGAAAAAAAAUUAUGCUGUUUCUACUGUUACUAUGUUUUGAUAUAUUGGGGGAGGGUAAAAUCAAAGUCAUGGCUGUCGACAUGUCUUAGCUUUAAGAUAGUUAGUUGUACCUUCUUAUGAAGUAAAACAUUUUGUUUAGGGAGGUGAUUCCAAACAAGCAGAAUGGCUUCACCAUGGAAGAUCUUACAGAUAUUUGCUGCACUGUAAUAUUUAACCAGUCGCAUCUGCGAUUGCUUGUGAGAGAUGUACAGAUGGAACACUCAGAUUUAGAUGUUGAUGUGUUGUGAAGCUGGUUCUAUUGCAGUUAAAACAUUGUUUUUUAAACUGGAACCACAACUAGAAACAGUUAAAGACAAAGUACAUUGUGUGUUUCAAGUUAAUACAGUAUUUUUACUUUCUCUGUCUCUGCCUAUCUGAAAUUGAUACUUGUGAGCAGGUGGGCUGAUUUUCGAGUUUGGACUAACCUCACUAGACUUUCCCUGUUGUCAGUGAAGCCAUACACAACAUUAUUAUUGUUGAAAUUGAAGACCGUAUAAUUUUCCACCACGGGGUAACUGACUGUCAUUGUGAGUAGAAUUUUUCAAGCUCAAAUGAUGUGAAUAACACAUAUUUGUGAAGAGAAAGAAGUGAAAUUACACCCGAAGCUGUGUAUGUUUCAUAUUUUUUUGGCAUAUUAAAAUACAUCAGUGGCUGUUCUAAAAAAACGUGGCAGAUCAACCACGUUGCAAUAUGUUUCUUUGGUGUUUACUGAUUUCAUUUGCGCGUCAGCUGAAUGUAAAUAUUUUGUAAGCAGCAAUAGAAAUAAGGGGCUGAAUAUUCAAAACUAACAAGACUAAAGCACUUGAUGGUAGGAAUACACAGUAUCACACGUUCAUCUAUAAUGCAAAAAUAGUGUAAAUGUUAAUGGGGAUAUAAAUGAAGGCAAUACACUUGAAUAACAGUAUGUAUUGUAUAUAUGCCUUUUUGGAAGCUCCUGUUGACACUUAUCCUUAGGUGAAAUUAUGAUGUAACGUUUUUACAUAACAUAUUUGCUUUCAUUUCAGUGUUUUUAUGUUCAUGCGAGAUGAGUUUCUCAUCUGAAUUACCGAUAUGUAAUUGUGCAUUUAACCAUGGGCAUAAAAAGAAGACCUACAGUCUAACUGCUAGCAACACCGCCACAAGGAAUAAGUCAAUUGUUAUUGAAAUGGAUCAUAUUUUCUUAUAACUGCCGUAUAUUUCCUUUUUGUGUGAAUUGUUUUGCUGUUUUGAGCCAUGCUUUGUGACGCUACAUGCAGUAUUGAUAAUAAAGGUUCAAUUUCA